GCGAGUCCAGAGAAAGGAGCCUGCAUGUGCCUGUUCGUGGCUCCACUCAGCCACUGGACUGCAGCGGAGGGGAGGAAACCGGGGGCCCCUGCCGCGCAGGGGGAAGGAAGCCAGGGGGCACAGCGGCUGGAAGGUGGAUCCAGUGUGUUGGGGGGGUUGUGUUUCCUUGCGGGAGAUGAACUUUCUCAAUUAAAAGUGCCCGGAGCUGAGCUGUGAAAAUGACGGUGGAAUUUGAGGAGUGCAUCAAGGAUUCGCCCCGGUUCCGGGCGACCAUAGAUGAAGUGGAAACGGAUGUGGUGGAGAUAGAAGCAAAGCUUGACAAGCUGGUGAAGCUAUGCAGUGGGAUGAUUGAGGCUGGGAAAGCCUACAUCACCACCAACAAGCACUUCGUCAGCGGGGUCCGAGACCUGUCGCAGCAAUGCAAGAAGGACGAAAUGAUUUCGGAGUGCCUCGACAAAUUUGGAGACAGCCUGCAGGAAAUGAUUAACUAUCACAUGAUCCUUUUUGACCAAGCCCAGAGGUCGGUCCGGCAACAGCUGCACAACUUUGUGAAAGAUGACGUCCGGAAGUUCAAGGAGACGAAGAAACAGUUUGACAAGGUGCGCGAGGACAUGGAGAUCUCUCUGGUGAAGAACGCGCAGGCCCCGCGGCACAAGCCCCACGAGGUGGAGGAAGCGACGGGCACUUUGACCAUCACCAGGAAGUGCUUCCGACACCUGGCCCUGGACUACGUGUUACAGAUCAAUGUCCUCCAAGCCAAGAAGAAGUUUGAAAUAUUGGACGCGAUGCUGUCCUUCAUGCACGCCCAGUACACCUUUUUCCAGCAGGGCUACAGCCUCCUUCAUGAACUUGAUCCCUACAUGAAGAAGCUGGCCACUGAGCUGGACCAGCUGGUGAUCGACUCGGCCGUGGAGAAGAGGGAGAUGGAGCACAAGCAUGCCCUGAUACAGCAGAGGACUCUCCUGCAGGACUUCUCCUACGAUGACUCCAAAGUGGAAUUUAAUGUCGAUGCCCCCAAUGGAGUGGUGAUGGAAGGGUACCUCUUCAAGAGAGCAAGCAAUGCUUUCAAAACAUGGAAUCGGAGGUGGUUCUCCAUACAGAACAGCCAGCUGGUCUACCAGAAGAAGCUAAAGGAUGUCCUCACGGUGGUGGUGGAAGAUCUGCGGCUCUGUACUGUCAAGCCCUGCGAAGACAUAGAGAGAAGGUUUUGCUUUGAGGUCGUCUCACCGAGCAAGAGCUGCAUGCUGCAGGCUGACUCGGAGAAGCUGCGCCAGGCCUGGAUCCAAGCGGUUCAAGCCAGCAUUGCCUCCGCUUACAGAGAGAGCCCAGACAGCUACUCCAUCGAAAGACUGGACCGGACCGCCUCCCCUUCCACCAGCAGCAUCGACUCUGCCACUGACUCCCGGGAGCGGAGUCUGAAGGGGGAGAGCAUCUUGCAGAGGGUCCAGAGCAUCCCUGGAAAUGACCAGUGCUGUGACUGUGGCCAGGCAGAUCCCCGCUGGGCCAGUAUCAACCUGGGCGUUCUGCUGUGCAUCGAGUGCUCUGGGAUCCACAGGAGUCUGGGCGUUCACUGUUCCAAAGUCCGCUCUCUCACGCUGGAUUCCUGGGAGCCGGAGUUACUGAAACUAAUGUGUGAGCUGGGGAACAGCACCAUGAACCAGAUUUACGAGGCACAGUGCGAAGCGCUGGGACUUAAGAAGCCCACUCCGGGGAGCUCCAGGCAAGACAAGGAAGCCUGGAUCAAGGUCAAGUACGUGGAGAAGAAGUUCCUCAAGAAGUUGCCUACUGGGGAGGCCCUGGCGGAGAACGAGAGGAAACCCCGGCGCUGGAGCGUGAAGAAAUGCCAGCGGCACAACAGCACCACAAAAGCACCUACGGCUCGUCGGAAGUACCGGCAUGAGGCAGGAAAUGCAUCGCCGGCCCCGCUCUCAUCAGCUGCCACUCUGGAGAGGAAAUUCCGGCGGGACUCUCUCUUCUGCCCCGACGAGCUGGAUUCCCUCUUCUCGUACUUUGACACCGGCGCCGGCUCAGGACCCCGCAGUCUGAGUAGCGACAGCGGGCUGGGCGGCAGCACGGACGGAAGCACCGAUGUCCUGGUGUUCGGCUCGGUGGUGGACAGCGUCACGGAGGAAGAGUGCGAAGUGUCGGAGGAGUCCAGCGGCGAGGCGGAGAUAGAGCAGGAGGCCUCGGACCUGGAGGACCUGCGGGAGCUGCACCCCGGCCUGCUGAUUUACAAGGCCGCACAGGCCAGGAACUUGCCUGUCAUGGCAGAGGCUCUGGCACAUGGGGCUGAGGUCAACUGGGUGAAUGAUGAAGAUGAAAACAAAACUCCUCUGAUUCAAGCUGUGAUGGGGGGCUCCUUGAUAGCCUGCGAAUUCUUACUCCAGAACGGAGCAGAUGUUAACCAAAGAGAUAUCCGGGGCCGGGCUCCCCUGCACCACGCCACGUACCUGGGACACACUGGCCAGGUCUGCUUGUUCCUAAAGCGAGGCGCCAACCAGCACGCAGUGGACGAGGAUGGCCAAGACCCCCUCAGCAUUGCAGUCCAGGCAGCCAAUGCAGACAUAGUCACCUUGCUGCGUCUGGCUCGAAUGAACGAGGAGAUGCGAGAAGCCGAGGGCCCCUUCGGACAACCAGGUCAAUAUCCCAGCAACAGCCCCACUGAACUCCAGUACAGGAAGUGUAUACAGGAGUUCAUCAGCCUUAAUAUAGAUGAGUGUUAGUGACAACUCCCCACCUGCCUCUCCUUUGCUGUCUUGAGUGGGCUGAAUUCAAGAAUGCCGCCUGAGCCCCACCUUUGGUGUAUAUUGGUGUUUCUUGCAGAUUGGCCUGAUUCUGAUGCCUACGGCAGAUAGGCCAAGAGCCACAGAGGAAGGAGAGGGACUUUCCUGUUAGUGUGUAAUUCUCAUGCUUGACUAGAGACGGUCAAUUUCACACAGGAGGAGAUUCAGGGCACACCACAGACCGUGGCUCGUGGGUUUGAGUGUGCGGGGAGCGCACGAGUUUAGUGUAAAAAAGAAAAGAAAACCCUUUAUCGGCAGAAGAAAAUCACCAACGAUACAGCUGGAUGAUAUGCUUGGAAGCUGCUGUGUAUUUGUAGCGCUAUAGAUCGGCCCUACACCGAAUUAUCGUCUGAACAACGUUGGUUUGGACGGCGUGCUGUUGCUGGAGCCCUCUCUUAUCAAGGGUGCUCAGCAACUUGAAGUACUCAUUAGCAAAUGGGGUGACUGCAAGGUUUGGAAGUUGUCAGAUCUGGUUUCAAAUGCUAACGCGGGGGCCUCUUAAGUCUGGAGGAGGCAAGCUGCAGGUCGAGAUCCUCUGCUGCAAAAGGCACACGGGACGGGGUAGGAAGGAGAGACAUGGCCGCCCACCUUACAUGCUCUCAGGUUUAAACCAGCAAAGCUCCCUUUUUUAAGCCAACAGUAGCUAGCUGGUCAAAGCCAUAGCUUAGCUGCUUCCCGGACUAGGGUGCGAUGUGUUUAGUGUUACUGAAGCAGUGGGGCUAAUUUUUUGUGGCCAGGAGAGGCUCGUCGCCGGCGAUGGGCUUUGUGCCAGGGAAGAAAACUAAAAUCAGACGCCCACAGCCUGAGGGGCUAACUCAAGCAGCUGGGUUUUUUCCCUGCUCAGAUUUCCUACUUCGCCCCUUUCUGGGAAGGGGAUUUCUAUUUGUAUGCGUGUCCCUAAAUGCGGUCGUCCCUCAUGCUGAUGCAUGCGAGCAGGGCGUUUCUGCAGCAGUUCCAGGGAAUCCGGAUUGCUCCAUUUCCAUUUACUGGCAAGACUAUUUUGGUUUUUCUUUUUUUGCGGGAGUCGGGGGGGACCUGUUUUUACUCAGAGCCACUUUGGAUUUUAUGGUCUGUGUUUCUGACGUGCUCCCGGUGUCUCGGCAGAGAUACCAUCACCACGCUGUCAUUUCUGCAGAGGGCUUGGAGAUCAUGUAUAAAAUUGGAAGCCCAACCUGUGACUGUGCAUGACCAUGGAAAGCCUCACUGGGCUCCUUUAAGAGUCCAGUCCCACUGAGUGCUGAGCCCCCCAAAUGCCAUUCAAGUCAAUGGGAUUUGGGGGCGCUCGGUGCCUAACAGGAGAAGCUCAGGAUCUUGAAGGAUGAAAUUCUUAAUCAGGAACACAAGAGACCAGGAAGACUUCCCCAUGCCCUAUCCCCUCUGUUAAGCUAGCAGUGAUACACCGUAAUAUUUCUUUCCAUCAAAUACUUGUCCGAUUCCUUUAAUAAAAGUUCUGCUCCGCAUACCAGCUGCUGCCCUUGGUAAGUUAUACAUCUUCUGGUUGCGCUCUGUGGGCAUAUUUCUGUCCUCAGGUGCAGCACGAGCAAGCAGGUUCCACUCAAAUCUGUGCACUCAUCCAGGGCUAGAACAGUAAAGAAACGCCACCCAAUUCCUUUAGUUCCUUUCUCAGCUAAAGGGCCAGAUCCUGCUCCUUUGGAAGUCAAGGAAAGCGUUGCCACUGACGUCAGUAGGGCAGAGUAUGUCCUGAAGGUGUGCCACCCACUUCCUGUCUUCCCUUAUGGCUUCUUUCCUGUCUGCUCCCUUCGAAACUGUGGGACGGCCACUCCCGGAACGCCAAGAUCCCAUCUCAGUUACACCCAUGUGCUGUAAAUCUGGAAUAACCCUACUGAGUUUGCUGGAGUUGCUCCAGAUUACCAGUGGAGCAGACUCUGGAUGACUUCCCCGCUCCACCCCCCAGUAUAAAAACCUAUUCUCUCCAGCCCUUCACUGUCCCUUCUCCAUCUACACUCCCUCCUGUUGAGUACAGAGAUCACGCCAGUGCUCUUUAUAUAACAUGCCAUUACCAAAGCUGGAUUAUGUGAGUCUUCAGCAUUUACGUAGUCGUGCUGUCUUCCUGCCCUGUACACUUGGUGGGGCCCACAGUAAACCUCAGGCCACCUGCACUAUCCCCUUUAAGCACACAGCGCCUGGUUCUGACACCGUUAUGCAAUCCAUACUCAGGCAGUCCUCCCUCCUCUGAGUGAGUGCUGAGGAAAGGCUUUAGGAUGCCUAUGGUGGUACUUACUAGAGGCUAAACACUGCAGUCUUUGCUCAUGCCAUACUCAGGCAAAACGCCCAUAGACUUCAUGAGUAAAGCCUGCAGAAUUGUGCCCUUUGUAGUGAAAUGGUCACUUGUUACCUUUUAAGUACAGAGAAUGGACAUUGAUAUUUAGUCCCUGUAAUUCAGGGGAUAACUUCCUGGUGACUAGAUUCUGAUCUUAGUGUAAAUCUGGAGUCACUUCAUUUGAAGUCAGUGGAGUGAUGCCAGAUUUACACCAGUAUCAAUCAUGUCUUCUGUAGCUAGAAGUGCACACAGUAUGGCAGAGGUGGCCUCCUGUGGAGUUGGAAUGUUUCCCUUUGAUUUGCACGUACAGUGCCCUCCGUUAAGGUUCUUGUUUUCUGUUAAGCGGGGUGCUGAAGGCUAUCGGGUUUGAUCCAGCACUUCUCCACUUCCCUCAUCCACUUCAGCUUCGGCGUUUUCAGCAUAGAACCACUAACAGUAUAUGGUUCUCUUGGUGCCUGACCUCGUAACCUUUCAUUUCGCUGCACUCCACACUGUUGCCUUCUCACCUGUCCAAAUCACGUUAGAUGUAAACAGCUUCCUCCUGAAAACUGACUGGCCUCUUCUAUGCAUCACCUUUUCCUUUGACACCUCCGAUUGAGUUACAGCCUGAGCGUGCUCCCACUGAGGUCAAUGGGAAUUUUGCUGUUGACUUCAGUGUGAGUAAGAUCAGAAACCUGUUGAGCAAAACCCUGGACUCACAACUCCUUGGUGUGAAAUUUUCUGCUUGAUGGUAUUGCCAUCAGUGCAGAUCUGUGAUGGUUUAAGAAGCUGCCUGACAGUGAAACUCCCUUGCCCUCCUCAAUUUACCGUGAAACUAUUAUAUAUAUAUAUAGUGCUGAGCACUCUGCCUUCAGUCCAGCGACACAGGAAUACUCACCUGCUUAAACUUCAGCCUGUACUUCUGUGCUUUGCUAGAUUGGGCUCAGGACUACGCAGGAACCAACCAACGUGCAGCUGAAUAUCUGCUGCUUAUCUUGGCUUAGGAACGAGGCGGCUUCUCUGUAAUUAAGACUCGUUGAUUAUCCCAGCCUGUCCCAUUUUAUAUAGAAAGGCUAAUCUGCACAGUACAUUUGCUCUCCCGCGUGUGGUUCCCUUCAAGCCAUGUCCUCCUCUAGAAAAAGACAAGAUUGAAUUAAAACUAGAAAAUUUCAGGACACUCCAAAGAGAAAAGGCAACAUGUUGAUCAUUAAACAUCCUGCUCUUGCUCUGCAUUAACGAUACCCAGCCUGGUGGUUGCUGGAAACGUUUUUCCUCAUGCGUUGCCUGUUAAUCGGCUCCAAUCAGUUUUCUGACUCUGAAGAGGAGUUAGAAAUUUGACUGAUCUUUUCUAUAAACCAGUGAGAUCUGAAGGCGUAGCUUGUCCACUCCAGGCCAUUUUAUUUCACAGUCGACAUUAGUGACUCAUGAGAACAAUACAAAACAACAGUGUACGGUUUGGCACAUACAAGCUUGGAACCACUCACUGCCCCAGUAAACGUGGUUAAAGAAUAUGUAAAUACUGACACAAAAAGCAGUAUGUCUGGCAAGACAAUUUAUCUAUUUAAAAUGUAUCGGUACUUUAUUUAGAGUCAAUGUAUAAAGCAACUUUGUGCACUUUUCCUACUUACAGUAUUGGGUUUUUUAUGUUCUUUUGUUAUGGAUUUUGUGCUGUCUUUUUUAAUCGGUGAAAUUGUUAAGUAUUUAAUUUAUUAUUGAGACGCCCAGAGGACUAGUGCAAUUUUCAUUCAAUACAGUUUGGCUGUAUUUAAUGUCAGGAUUUUUUUGUAACAUUACUAGGGCCUAUUUUUUUAAACUUGACUUUUUUUUCCCGUCUCCCCGCUUCCCUUUCUUUUUUUUCUUUUCCUCUUCUUUUUGCGUGUAAAGAGACUGCAAGGCAUCUGAUGCCUCACAGCUUGAGAUAGGGUAGAACACUUCACCAAUCCUGCAGGUUCUAAAACAAAAUGUUUUUCUCCAGGAAAAAACUAUGCCUCAGAGGCAUUUAUCAAUGUUUUCUCUGUUUUUCUUUUUUUUUUUUUUUGGAAUGAGAAAUGUGUGUGCGCGCGUGUUUUGGGGCUUGGGAGGGAGGGAUAUUGGGGAAAUUGUACAUAAAGUUUGUUUUCGGCAAAGCAAAGAGCCAGUACGUGUACAGGGGAGUCUAGACAUAAAGUCGCUGGGUUAUUUUUUUUCUCUUUAAAUAUGGUUACAUUUCUCUGAGUGUUGUACAAUCCUCGCUGAAAUUUCUAAUGCCAAAAUUUCUGUCAUUCCUCCUUUAUAACUCUUCUUUUCAAAGAGUUUGUACAUUACAGACAUGACAGUAACUUGGUUGCAACUGCGAUUAACAUUAACAGAUUUGCCUUUGUCUAGAAAGCAACACCCUGGGUGUUGCCUCAACAUAGAUGGGCCCAAAAGAUGAUCUCCAAAUUGAAGAUUCUCAUGCUUUUGGGGUGCUUGAGAUCUGGGCCAAGCUUUGAAUAUUUGUUCCAACUAUAUUAUGGGCCAACCCAACAUCCAGGAUCCAAAUACUUGAAUUGGAGGAUCCAAAUUUUGCAUUUUAAGCACAUCUUCAAUUCUAGAUUGGAUGGGUACAAAAGACUUGCAGAUUGAGAUUAUACUCCCUGUUCAACGUGUGUACAAACUAGCAAAUUGCCAUCUAACUACCCCCCUCCGCACGCACACACAUUAUUUUAAUAUUAUUAAUCAUGAUAAUCUGAGUCUGUGUGCCUUGCUAUUCCUUCCAAUAAUUCUGUCAAGGGGAGAAAUAUUGAUGCUUGUAAAGCAUGAGAUUCGACAAACGGAGACUGCGCUGAGCAUGAAUUUCUCUGACAUUUGCAACAUCUCAGACUGGCAAAUUUGAGUGUUAUUUACACACGAUGAAAAAUGGAUACUCCUAAACAAAUGCACUGAGAGGCCUCCAAUAGCCUCAGAUUAAUGGACACAGCUAUUGCUGUCUCCUUCCAGACUGCCAGGAAUGCUGUGUGGUGCCAUUCUGCUGCGGUCCUGUCUGUUAAACCCCGGGGCAUCACUGCUUUCAUCCAAAGGCAAAAAAGCAUGAACAGACUAAAUGUUAUAUUAAACAACUGAUCAGCUGAUGACAAACUUGUGCGUGUGUGUGUGUGUGUGUGUGUGUGUGUGCGCGCGGAGUGAUGUGAUGAUGAAGGUGUGUGAGGGGAAGGGCACUGGGUGAGAAGGGAGAGGGGGAAUGGGCGUUUGAAAGGACAAGAGAAAAAAUAAUAAAGAUACCAAAUACCGAGUGCUGUUUCCAUAGGAAUGUGAUGUGUACCAGUCCAAGCCCUGAAGUCUGCAGUUGCUGAGUAUGGGAAUAAGGCUCUCAAGCUGAAAGACAAGGAGUCGGUGGGAAGAUGGGGCUUUCAGGCAGCCAGAUAUGUGUGGGAGGGGAAAGGGUGGGGGGCAGUCACACGGUUCCUAAAUGUAGCCGAGUCAUGAAUGUCAGUUUGCAGGGCGCAAAUAGAGCCCAUCGGUUUCUAGUGCAGGAGUAAGAUGGCAGAGAAGGGUCAGCCAGGCAAGGAGCACGGGGCUCCCUAGAUGCGGUCUCAGCUCUUAGCACCUCCCCAAUAGCUCGGGAAUGGUUUAGUUUGUACAUCCGUGUGCUCCAGUAAGGUGCAUUUUUGGAAGAACCAGGCAGCUCCCUUCCGCUGCACCGACCCCCGUUUGUAUAAAACCAUCUCAGCGUCCAUCAAACAGCACAUGAAUGUCAGGGUGUGUCAGUCCUGUGACAUGUGACCCCCUCUGGGUCAGACCCACAGCUGGAGCAGAGGAAGGAUAGAUCCCAGAGGGAUAAGCUUGGCUCAGUGCAAGGUUAUGUUAACUGGCCGCCCUGAAUGAAGGCCUUCGAGCCAUUGGGGAGCAAAGCCCAACCGGCUUCUUGCCUGACCUGAGACUCCAUCACUUCCUACCUAGACAGCACGGAAAGAAAGAGGAUCUUUCAGCCAAGUCAAAGCUGCCAGGUGUGGUUUGUUGAAUAGGCUCCGGACGCACUAAUGGCUGGGUACAAGGGACUUGCUGUAAAUACGCUAGCGCAUAUUAACCUCCUUCACUUGCCUGCUUUCAGUACAACUUUGUGACACUUUUUUUUUAUUUCCCCUUUGCCUCUACAAUCUGUACUGAGUAUAACUAUGGAACUGACUAUUCUAUAUGUUAGUAUCUUUGUACAAUUUUACAGCAGUUGCCAUGGUGUCAGCUUUUCCCUCCCCCCUUCCACCCUCUAUUGUCUCUUGAAACACUGUUAAUAAAA